CGUUCUAUCGAUCGGUCGAAGCAAACAAGAAAGGAUUAAAAUCGCAGUGUGUUCCUGAGGACUCGUCGAGUGCGAAGUUCCGAUCAUGGCGGUGGUUGAGAAUGCUGGGGUAGAUUUGGGGAUCAAUGUUGGUACCUCGAGUCGUAAUUUAGAGACUGGAGAUAUGGAUUCACAUGCUCCCAAUGAUGUCGAAGCUCUUAAACAAAAUCAGUUAGGGGUUCGGAUGUCGGAUCCUAACUUGCAGCAGAAUCAUCAGACUUUUCGCCCACAUGAUCAGACCUUUCAGAUGAAGGUUCAGCAAAUUCAUCAUCAGCAGCAGCAAAGGGCCGCGAUUUCCCCAGCGUACGUUGGCAACCACAAUGGUCAUGUUCAGCACAAUCUUGACCAGGUACCUAAAAAUGGAGUUCAGAACAUGCAGGUAGGAGCGAUGAUGGCGCAACAUGGAGCCGCAGGAAAGUCUGCCUUUGGCCAGACACAUCAGCGGUCGAACGGUAUCGAUUUACAGAGGAACGGGACGGUAGGUGAGGGUUUCCAGAGAGAUAUGAGAGAUUUGGAGGAACUCCUCUCUAAGCUGAAUCCGAUGGCCGAAGAAUUUGUUCCUCCCUCGCUCACUAACCAUGCAUCACGCGGCGGUAGUCUCUAUACUAAUAACUUCGUCAUGCUUAGCCCAGGCAACGGCAAUGCCAACGGUAACGUUAAUAGACGGAAGAAAAAUAACCAUAAUCAAGGGAAGAGGAGAAUGAACAGUCGAACGAGUAUGGCUCAGCGAGAAGAUGUAAUAAGGAGGACUGUGUAUGUUUCAGAUAUUGAUCAACAGGUCACUGAGGAACAGCUUGCAGCCCUCUUUAUUAAUUGUGGACAGGUUGUUGACUGUCGCGUAUGCGGUGAUCCAAAUUCAGUUCUUCGGUUUGCUUUUAUCGAGUUCACUGACGAGGAAGGUGCAAGGGCUGCUUUGAGUCUGGCGGGGACAAUGCUUGGAUACUACCCAGUAAGGGUGCUGCCUUCAAAAACUGCGAUUGCACCUGUUAACCCAACUUUUCUGCCUAGGUCUGAAGAUGAACGUGAAAUGUGUGCAAGAACUAUUUAUUGCACAAAUAUUGAUAAGAAGAUUUCACAGGCAGAUGUCAAACUCUUCUUCGAAACAAUUUGUGGAGAGGUUUAUCGUUUGAGACUCCUUGGAGACUAUCACCAUUCUACCCGUAUUGCUUUCGUUGAAUUUGUGCUGGCGGAAAGUGCAAUUGCUGCUCUUAAUUGCAGCGGGGUGGUGUUGGGAUCCUUGCCAAUAAGGGUAAGCCCAUCAAAGACCCCAGUUCGGCCACGCGCUCCUCGUCCACCCAUGCAUUGAAUCAUUGCAUGACUCUCCAGAUGAAUAUCGUUGCUAUACAUAUAUAUAAAUAUAUACAUACAUAUACACCAACACUCUGGUCAGGCUAUUUAAUUUAUAGUUUUGUUCCUUGCAUCCUAGCCUGGGUGGUUGUUAUCUAUGGGGUUAUGUAUUGCUCUUUUUAGCAUGUAGGGUUGGGUGGAACUUCGAGGCUUUGAAAGAGUUUAUUGCUGCAUAUUAAGGUGAACUGUAGGGAUGUCCCUAAAAACAAGUACUCUCCUGAUGUUUCUAACUUAAAGAAGGCUGCACUUUGAGACAA